AUGUUGAGGUUUGUGGUGAAUGCCCAAUUAAUCACAGUGCUCGCAGAGGAUGAUUGCACCAUGAUCAUCAAUCCCGCAUUGGAAGAGGGAAGUGAUGAAAAAGCUCUGGUUUCUCCUCACCAUAUGGCUGAUAUUGUCUCAGUAGGAUGGGACGAAGCUGAGUCUUGCAAGCAUGUGACUAAGAAGGUGGUGACCGAUUUUUUGAGAAAAUACAUCAUUUAUCGUUUUGGUGUACCAGAGACAUUAAUCACCGACAAUGCCAAGAAUCUCAACAAUGACAUGGUGGAUGGAUUGUGUGAACAGUUCAAGAUCAAAUAUCAAAAUUUCACUAUUUAUAGACCGCAGAUGAAUGGGGCUGUGGAGGCCACGAAUAAGAACUUGAAGAGCAUAAUCCGUAAAAUGACCGAAAGACACCGUGAUUGGCACGAGAAGCUCCCCUAUGCAUUAAUGGCAUAUAGAACUACUAUUCGGACUUCUACUGGGGCAACGCUUUACAAUCUCAUGUACGGAAUGGAAGCGGUUUUGCCAGCCGAGGUCGAAAUUCCUUCUUUGCUCAUCCUAAUGGAGGCCAAACUAGAUGAGACUGAUUGGAUUAAACAACGUCAUGAGCAGUUGGCUUUAAUCGACGAGAAGAGGUUAAAUGCCAUUUGUCAUGGUCAGUGCUAUCAAAAGAGAAUGGCCCGUGCUUACAACAAGAUGGUCAAAGUGUGA